GUCCAAUUCAAUACAUAGACAACAAUUCAGUAUACCGUUCCAUUAAUUACAACUCAAUUCAAGAUCUAUUAAUUUAGAGUUUUACGUCAGGCCGGCUGCAAUGGCUCAGUCGUUGGUUUGUCAUGUUAUGUUACUUAUGAUAUUCAUACUGGUGGCUCUUGCUGAUGCCCAAACUCCACCUGGAAUUAACAACCCUAGCCAUGCAACUUGUAAGGACCCGAGUUACAAAGAAUGUCAUAACUUGGUGCAUGUUUGUCCAAAGUUUUGUCCAGAUAGCUGCACUGUUAAUUGUCAAUCAUGCAAACUGUUUGUGGUGGCGACAUUGCACCACACCACCAGUGUACACACCUCCAACACCAACACCUUACUCACCACCCACCCCUCCCACACCACACUUUACCACCAACAUAGUCCACACCUCCAACACCAACACCCCAUCCACACCCUCUCCCACAACCCCCACACCACCAGAAGAGUCCACACCUCCAACCCAACACCAUCGUCACCACCUCCAACCACCCCUGCAUCACAGCACCACAAAAGAGUCCGACACCACCAACACCAUCCUCACCUGCACCUCCUACAUGGUCUACUCCACCUUCGAAACCAAAGAAAGUCAAGUGCAAAAACCACAAUUACACAAAAUGUUAUGCCUCCGAGCAUGUCUGCCCUGCUUCUUGUCCUGGUCAAUGUGAAGUUGAUUGUGUUUCUUGCAAGCCAGUUUGCAACCCUCGUUUCAUUGGUUGUGGAGACGGCAUCACUUUCUACUUCCAUGGAAAGAAGGAUCAAGAUUUCUGCCUUGUUGCCGAUAACAACCUCCACAUCAAUGGCCACUUCAUUGGGAAGAGAAACAGAAACAUGGGCAGAGACUUACUUGGGUCCAAUCUAUGGGAUUCUUUUCGACAACCACAAAGUACAAAUCAGUGCUCAAAAGACUUCUUCUUGGGAUGACACCAUUGACCGUAUCUCUGUUACAUUUGACGGGGAAAACAUCUUUAUCCCAAAAAGCGAAGGUGCCAAAUGGCAAUCUUUUACGACAUCAAUCACUAGGAUUCAUGACACCAACCAUAUCGUUGUUGAAGUUGAAAACCUCUUCAGGAUCACAGCCAAAGUGGUUCCAAUAACAAAUGAAGAAUCAAGAAUCCAUAACUAUGAUAUAACCAAUGACGAUUGCUUUGCUCAUCUUGAUCUCAAGUUCAAGUUCUUCUCCUUGAGUAACGAAGUGGACGGAGUUCUGGGACAGACUUAUAGGAAUAACUAUGUGAGCAAGGUGAAGAUGGGGGUGUUAAUGCCUGUGAUGGGAGGAGAUAGUAAGUUUGUGAGUACCAAUUCAUUUACAACUGAUUGUUCUGUUGCUAAGUUUAAGGGUAGCCAGGAAGACGGAUCCUCAUUGAACUUGCAUUGCCAAGCUUGA